GCUAAGAUGGCGGACUCGCUGGACGUCGGGGUGUCAGAGGUAAAGGAUCCCGAAAAUGACGAUCACGAAAAGGUGAAAUGUUCUCGGGCGUGUGCGUCAGGAGCUGGGAAGGUAAACGUCGCUUCCCCGGAGAUCAAGAUGGCGGAAACUCUGGGAUUUUACGAGAAAAUAGAAGCUCAAGGCGAGCAGCGCGAGCGCUCGGAUUCAGUGGACCCUGAUGAUCCGUCCCUGGUGCGGUUCAUGUGUGCAGAGCUGACCAGGGGAUACUUCCUGGAGCACAAUGAGGCAAAGUACACUGAGAGGAGGGAAAGAGUUUACACCUGCAUGAGGAUACCUAGAGAACUGGAGAGGUUGAUAAUCUUCGGGUUCUUCCUGUGCCUGGACGCCUUUCUGUACGUGUUUACCCUGCUGCCCCUGAGAACACUGCUGGCUUUUCUGAGGUUGUUGACCAUUCCUUGCUGCGGCCUCGGCGAUAAUGUUUGCCCUUAUUGCAGACGGAGCAGUGGCUCUCGGUUCAUGCAGCCUGCUCAGGUGUGUGAUCUGCUGAAAGGUUUAAUCAUGGUGCUUUGUUACUUCAUGAUGCACUACGUCGAUUAUGCCAUGAUGUACCACCUGAUCCGGGGCCAGUCAGUCAUCAAACUCUAUAUCAUCUACAACAUGCUGGAGGUGGCAGAUCGUCUCUUCUCGUCUUUUGGGCAGGACAUUCUGGAUGCUCUUUACUGGACGGCCACCGAGCCCAAGUCACGGAAGAGAGCCCACAUUGGAGUCAUUCCUCAUUUCUUUAUGGCCGUCUUCUAUGUCUUUCUUCAUGCCAUCCUCAUCAUGGUACAGGCCUCUACGCUCAAUGUUGCCUUCAACUCGCAUAACAAAUCACUGCUCACCAUCAUGAUGUCCAACAAUUUUGUUGAAAUCAAAGGAAGUGUGUUCAAAAAGUUUGAGAAGAACAACCUCUUUCAGAUGUCUAACAGCGAUAUCAAGGAACGAUUCACCAAUUACAUUUUGCUUCUUAUUGUUUGCCUGAGGAACAUGGAGCAGUUUUCCUGGAAAUCAGAACACUUGUGGGUGCUCCUGCCCGAUGUAUUCAUGGUUAUCACCUCCGAGGUUGCCGUUGAUGCCGUCAAGCACGCAUUCAUCACUAAAUUCAAUGACAUCACGGCCGAUGUCUACAGUGAAUAUAAAGCAAGCUUAGCUUUUGAGCUCGUCAGCAGUCGGCAACAGAAUGCGUACACAGACUAUAGCGAUUCAGUGGCACGAAGGAUGGGCUUCAUUCCUUUGCCUCUGGCUGUUCUGCUGAUUCGAGUGGUGAUGAGCUCAGUAAAGAUCCAGGGCGCUCUCUCAUCUGUCUGUCUGCUUCUCUUUUAUCUUGGAUUAUUAACACUGAAAGUGUUGAAUGGCAUUGUUCUGCUGGGAAAGGCCUGCCGUUAUGUCAAGGAAGCCAAUAUGGAGGGGAAGUUGUUUGGCAGGCCGACUGCUCAAGCUCCAAAACAACAUCCAAAGAAAACCGACCAGGCCACAUCUUCUCCACCGCCAGACAAACCUAGAGUUCAUCGACCCUCCAUUUCCAUAACCAAGCAACCGUCCCCAAGGGCCAGACGUUCCCCCCGAGCUCCACCCCCCAUCACUAAGGUGACCAGUGAUCCGCCCCCGGAUUCUUCCCCUAAACCCGACGAGGCCACCACACAGGCACCAGAAUCCACUGAACUUAAACACAGAACCUCAAAAAAAGACCUGCUGGAGAUAGACCGCUUCACAAUAUGCGGCAACCGAAUCGGGUGAACUUGAAAUCCAUCACCAUAGUAACUGCUCAGGAAUGAAAGUUGAGAAUCCUCUGGUUUGUCAUCGUCGCAAGUGGUUUUUAAGCCCAGAGGGUUCUUCCGAGAAUUAUAGCAGUGUUCUCGAAUGGGAAAAUUAUAUUUUCCUCCGCUUUGCAGAAUAUCUACCAAAGGAGGCAGGAAGCAUGAAGCGUUCCAGAUGAAGACAAAGGAUACGUUCGCCCUCGGCCAGCUGGCGGAUUUCAAACUAGCAAUCUAGUAUAUGUUGCUUUAGGAAACGUCUCUGUCUCACACCUUAUCAGCGCAAGAAGAUCCUGUUAAAUGUGCCAUAAACUUGUUGCAAAUUAGUCUUCGUCCACCCACUCGAAAAUAGUCUGAGUGGGAACUAAAUAUCAUAUAUAAUUUAAUAAAGCCUUAGAGAGAGACAAUUUUAACCUAUCAAUUUCAUAAAACACUCACUAAAAAAAUGUAUACACCCAUUUUGGCUCCAACACAGUCCUAAACUAGUUUAGCGAUGAUGUUACCAUUUAAAAAUUGCUCAGUCUGGCAAAUAUGCGUUUUUAUACUGUAGUUGUAAAGUAUUAUUUCCUUCGCCUGAAACUUUUUUAACAGAUAAAUUAUGUUUUCAUAAAACUCGUGAGUCGCAGUGAAGAGCUGGCAGCACUUAUAGCAGUCUGCUUGAUAAUACAGCUCUGAAGUUUCUCACAAAUGUCCUCAAGGAGCCCAACCAGCUGAAUGAACUUGCACUGAUUUACCACGUUGUCUUAAACUUAACAUUAAAGUAUUGUUUGAUUGUUUGUUUACUAUGACAUUCACAUGUUUACAUCACCCAUGAAAGAAAUAACUGAACCUAACAUAAAAAGUGUAUCAAUUUAAUAGAAAUGUUGUUUUUUCAGUGCAUUAAGUGCAUUUUUGGAGUAGCAUAUUUUGACGUUUAAAAAUUUGUGACGAAUAACUACGGAGAGAUUAUAUUGUUUGAGUUCAAUGUUAAAUUAUAAUCUAAUAGUUAAUAGUGCACUGCCAUGUUUAUGCAGUUUAUGGUCUUGCUUCUGAAUUGAAAGAUUGUAUUUUAUGUGAAACGUCACAACAAAAUGUGAAUCUGUACAACGUUAUAAAUACGUCAAAAUUUUGUUGUGCCGUAAAUAGGUACGUCAUUUGCAUAAUUUAAAUGUGUCUAUAUUUAAUUUUAUUAUAACUAUAAGAACCAGAUCACUAUUUUUGGACACGUUCUGAAAAUGUUGCACAGGUUUUCUCAUUUGUUUUAAUGCAAGCUGUGCGUAAUUUCAUACUAUAAAGCGUUUGUUUUGUGUUACGGCAAAACGCACUUUGGGACACAAAAUAAAAGUUGUU